CCUAAAUCCAAUCCACCACUGCUCCAUUUUCGGCCCAAAGUAGCAGCAGAGACGCCGCCCGGCUGCGGCACUGAACAAAGCCUCCGUCAGCAGCCUGUCGCACCUAAACCCUAGCGGCCCAGCGAAGCGAAGGCUCCAGGAAGGAUCUCCCGGCUCCGAGAUCUCCGCGGACUAGGUUCGGUCUUUGGAGCGCGAGACAUGGCGGAGGACACCCCGGCCCCAGUUGAGGCAGCUGCCCCAGCCCCGGUUCUUGGAGAACCCAUGGACUUGAUGACUGCUCUGCAGCUUGUGAUGAAGAAGUCCAGUGCUCAUGAUGGGCUUGUCAAGGGGCUCCGUGAGGCCGCCAAGGCAAUCGAGAAGCACGCUGCCCAGCUUUGUGUGCUUGCUGAGGAUUGUGACCAGCCUGAUUACGUGAAACUGGUCAAGGCACUCUGUGCUGAGCACAAUGUUCACUUGGUCACUGUGUCUAGUGCAAAAACACUUGGCGAGUGGUCUGGGCUUUGCAAAAUUGACUCGGAGGGUAAGGCAAGGAAGGUUGUGGGCUGUUCUUGUGUCGUUGUUAAGGACUAUGGUGAAGAAUCAGAGGGUCUUAACAUAGUGCAGGAAUAUGUCAAGUCACACUAGAGGCAGUUUUUUCAGUAUCUGGUUCUGUCAAGAUGCUGUUGGCCAUUGCUUAAAUUUGUGUUGAAGUUCUGGAACUUGCUAGUAGGUUAUGAAAAAGUUCAUUUCAUGUGGGAGGUUAUCACUUAAGAGUUUGUUUAUGGCGCUGGGACAUCAUGGCCAAAUCGAAUAAUAUGAAGAUUUGUAUAAUUUGUUUCUCA